AUGUCAUCCGAAUCGCUCGUCUGGUUCAUCACUGGAACUAGUUCUGGCUUCGGUCACGACCUCACCCUCGCCGCCCUUCAGCAUGGAGACAAAGUAAUCGCAACCGCCCGCCAACUGUCCGCCAUCGAGGGCCUCAAGGAGGCAGGGGCUUCAGUUCUCGAGUUGGAUGUGGCAUCUCCACUCGAGGAGGUGAAGUACGUCGCUGAGGCAGCACAUAGCAUAUACGGAAGGAUCGAUGUCGUCGUGAACAACGCGGGAUAUGCCAUUCUUGGUGCUUUAGAAGAGCGAACUCCUGAAGAAACCCUAGAACAAUUCAACGUGAAUGUGUUGGGAGGUCUGAACGUCGCCCGCGCGUUCUUGCCAUAUCAGCGCAAAGCCAAAACGGGAACCAUCGUCUGGAUUGGCUCCAUGGUUGGAUGGUUUGGGGCACUGGGAUUUGCCCUUUAUUCGGGCACCAAGCAUGCCAUCCGGGCCAUCGCAGAAACUCUCCAUGAAGAAAUUUCGCCUCUGGGCUUACGUUUGAUCGUGCUCGAGCCUGGCAUGUUCCGCACGGCUGGUAUGAACCCAGGGAAACCCACCGUUGAAUACGUUAACCGCGUCGAAGACUACAAAACUAUAUUAGAACCUUGGGUAACUAGGUACAAAGCUGCUUAUAAUAACCAACCCGGGGAUCCGAAGAAGUUCGUGAAAUUGUUGAUUGACUACGUGAAACUAGAAGGGCCAUUCUCGAAGGAGCAGAGGGGAGACAAGGAGGUCCCUAUCAGUUUUCCCGUAGGACCAGAUGCAUACGUCUCUGUGACGAAGCGCUUGAGCGAGCAGCUCAAAAUGAUGGAGGAUUGGAAGGAUGUCAUUCGUAGCACUAACUUCUGA